UCCCGGAAUUUGAACCAAUUCCAAUGUAUUUAAGACAGUUUAAAGACGCCAUUAAAAACAUGUUAAACCUUCCAGCUGUGAGUGUUGUUUUCGAUACAUGUAAACAAAUAAUCAACUCUCGAAAAAAAUCCGAGUAUCAUCCACCAGAUCUGCUACAGACUAUGAUAGAUGCCGAAGGCGAUUCGGAAUAUGAAGCGAAAAAACUUAGUGUCGACGAAGUUAGUGCUAAUGCCACCAUUUUUAUAGUAGCCAGUUAUGAUAAUACUAGCAAUACAUUAGGAUGGAGUACAUAUUAUCUUGCUCAUCAUCCCGAAGCCCAAGAUAAAGCUUUACAAGAAAUAAAUGAUAACAUUAAAAAUCACGAAGCUAUCCAAUAUACAGAUUUAGUCAAAUUAAAAUACUUGGAUCAAGUCUUAUCGGAAACACUUCGUUUAACACCAUUGCCAAUAGUUGCGAUAAAUAGAAUAUGUAAGGAAGAUUUUCGAUAUAAAGAUGUGACCAUUCCAAAAGGAGCCGUUGUACUUGUUCCUGUGCCUAUCCUUCAAAAAGACUCUAAUUACUGGAAAGAUCCGGAGAAAUUUGAUCCCGAAAGGUGA